GAAGCCCAAUCGCAGCGCCAUUACACUUGAGGGCAGAGAGGGUAGGAAGCCGUCAUGGCGCUCUGGUCAAUAAAAUCGAUAGCUGGAAGCUGCCUGUGUUCCAGGCAAAGGCGGUGCGGUGGCAGCGCCGCCAUUUUCGCCGAAGGCAUCUUCCGGUGCCUGUCCCCCAAGUUCGGGCAGGAGUUUCCUGAAUAACGACGAGAGGUUUCCGUUAGCCCGCAGGCGGCUGAUUCCGGUUUCCUCCUGGCGGCCCCGGGACGCUCCGUCCCGGCACCCCGAGGGCUCCCAAGUCCCGGGGUCCGCUAGGGGCCGAGGCCGGGGCGGGAGGUCCUGGCGCCGGCUUCGCUGGCCCAAUGGCACCGCCUUCCGCUCCGCUCUCCGCUCGGGGACCCGGAGAGGCCGGGCCCGGCCGGAGAAGGGGAAGGAAGCCCAGGGCGGUGAAGUUCGCGGACGUGGCCGUGUACUUCUCCCCGGAGGAGUGGCGGAGCCUGCGGCCCGCGCAGAGGGCCCUGUACCGGGACGUGAUGCGGGAGACCUACGGCCACCUGGGCGCGCUCGGGUGCGCAGGUCCCAAACCAGCCCUCAUCUCCUGGUUGGAACGAAAUACCGAAGAUUGGGAACCAGCUGCCCUGGACCCACAGGAGUGCCCCAGGGGAUUAAUGGUCCAAAGAAAAACCAGAACCAGAAAGAAGAAUGGAGAGAAGGAAGUAUUCCCACCCAAGGAGGCACCCCGGAAGGGGAAAAGAGGACGGAAGCCCAGCAAGCCCCGACUGAUUCCCAGACAGACAUCUGGGGGUCCCAUCUGCCCUGACUGUGGUUGUACCUUCCCUGAUCACCCGGCUCUGAAAAGCCACAAGUGUGCCCAGAAUCUAAAAAAGCCUUACCCUUGCCCAGACUGUGGGCGCCGCUUUUCCUAUCCAUCUCUGUUGGUCAGUCACCGGCGGGCACAUUCUGGCGAAUGCCCCUAUGUUUGUGACCAGUGCGGCAAACGUUUCUCCCAGCGGAAGAACCUCUCUCAGCACCAGGUGAUCCACACAGGCGAGAAGCCCUACCACUGCCCGGACUGUGGCCGCUGCUUCCGUAGGAGCCGGUCCCUGGCCAAUCACCGGACCACUCAUACAGGGGAGAAACCCCACCAGUGCCCUAGCUGCUCGCGACGCUUUGCCUACCCCUCCCUGCUCGCCAUCCACCAGCGCACACAUACAGGAGAGAAGCCCUACACCUGCCUGGAGUGCAACCGCCGCUUCCGCCAGCGCACGGCUCUGGUCAUCCACCAGCGCAUCCACACCGGCGAGAAGCCCUACCCGUGUCCAGACUGUGAGCGGCGUUUCUCUUCGUCCUCUCGCCUGGUGAGCCACCGGCGAGUGCACUCUGGGGAGCGUCCCUAUGCCUGUGAGCACUGUGAGGCCCGCUUCUCCCAGCGGAGCACGCUGCUCCAGCACCAGCUCUUGCACACAGGAGAGAAGCCGUACCCCUGCCCAGACUGUGGCCGUGCCUUCCGUCGAAGCGGCUCCCUAGCCAUACAUCGCAGCACGCACACCGAGGAGAAGCUGCACGCCUGUGAUGACUGUGGCCGCCGUUUUGCCUACCCCUCGCUGCUGGCCAGUCACAGGCGCGUCCACUCAGGAGAGCGGCCCUAUGCUUGCGACCUGUGCUCUAAGCGCUUUGCCCAGUGGAGCCACCUGGCCCAGCACCAGCUCCUGCACACCGGGGAGAAGCCUUUCCCCUGCCUUCAGUGUGGCCGCUGCUUUCGCCAGAGGUGGUCUCUGGCCGUGCACAAGUGUAGCCCCCAAGUCCAAAACGGUAGUCCUAGACCUGCUGUAGAGGGAACCAGUCAAAAGGGCAGUGCCCUUUAGAAUGGGAAGGACUGUCUCAAGUUCAUUUCAUUUCAUGGAGAGGCCAGAGAAGGGAAGGAGAAGCCCUGGGUCAUACGGGGCAGAUUCAGAAUGAAAACCCAGGUCUGCCACAGUAUAUUCUACCAGGUCUGAACCUGAGUAUAUUCUACCGCCCUGGCUGCCUUACUCUCUAGGACAGAUGGUCCCAUUAGGAGAGGUAACAUCAUUUGGUUCAAGUUUAACAAGCUCUCCAAUCCUAAAAGAAUUUGUGUGUGUGACCAUCAGGGUAAAAUUUCUCCCCUUACACUUUAGGGGCUGUCUGCUUUCUAAUUUGCAUGUAGGGUCUCCCUUGCAUGCAGCCAGGAGGAUCCUAUUUAGAGGUGGCAGGGUAUUCCCCUGCUCUGCCUCUUCGUCCAGACCAGGUGUAGCCCCCUUUUU